CCAAAAAACUAUAAGCUCCAUCUUCUCUUGAUUUAGGGUUCGAUUUCGAAAGCGCGGAUGCUAAAAGACGUCUGAUUUGCUAGUCCUAAGUUUUACAGUUCUUUAUCCAUGGAAAUCACCGGAUUUUUCAGUCGUUUUGCCGAUCAUCUGAAGCAUUUCAUACUACUAUCCUAACCCUCAAGAUUUCAGUUCGGACUUCGGAGAACACUGUCCUUACAAGUUCACCUCCCGCAAUGGAGUCUGAAAACGGGGUUGUCUUGGAGCAUGCAAAUGAUGUCAUGGAUAUAACUCCCGUAGUGGAAAGUUCCGCUUUGAAUGUAAACAAAGAGAACGAGAAUGCAGACAACGUUGCAGAUGUUUCGCAAAUGAAUGGCAUCUCUGAAAAUUUAUCAGAAGUUGAUGCCGUUGAUUCUUCUGGUGCUGAGGCUCAAGCUGCCAUGGCUGUGGCCGGAAGUAAAGGGUCGAAUCCUUCUAAGAAAGCUGGAUCUGGUCGCAAUGAUGGUUUGAAAAAGAAUAAAAUCUCCAAGGAUCAAGCAAGCCUUAAGGCUCCAAUAACAGUUUCUCGGACCCAGAGGCCAAGACUUUCUCAGAGUCUUUCAUUCCCAGCGAGGGGAAUUCUCGCAAACGGUUCGAAGAAGAUCACCGAUGGCAAGCCGGUGAAAACCAAUGCAAAACACACCGAAGCAAAUGGUACUGUUAGUGGGCCUUCUUCGAGGCGGACUACUUUAGCGUCUGUGCCUAGCAUUCGACAAUCCCUGGUUGGAAAGUCCAGUUUGGUGAACAAAUCUCUCAAUGAUCCACCAUCCAAAGACUCUCAAUCACAUGAUCAAAACAAAAAAGUGGCAGCAAAAGCACUGUCUGUUAAAGAUGAUGAGGAUACACGAUCAAGUAGCUCCACUCCUCGUUCUCAACGGAGGAUCAGUGGUUCUGGAUUUAACUUCAGGUUGGAUGAGCGUGCUGAGAAAAGGAAAGAGUUCUUUUCGAAGCUAGAAGAGAAGACUCACGUGAAGGAAGUAGAAAGAACUAACUUGCAGGCAAAAACAAAGGAGAGCCAAGAGGCAGAGAUCAAGCAACUUAGGAAGAGCUUGACAUUUAAAGCUGCACCAAUGCCAAAUUUCUACAAAGAACCUCCUCCAAAGAUUGAACUGAAGAAGAUACCAACCACACGUCCAAUUUCACCAAAGCUUGGAAGACACAAAAGCUCCAGUACUGCUGCAGAAAAUUCCUUGGAAGUUGGUGGAACUUGUCGGAGCCCGCGUCCAAGCUUGGACCACAAUAAGUUAGCCAAAGGAGAGCAGGAAAACCACAGUGGAGAUUCUGUUGCUUCAAAGAAGCCUCUUAGAAAAUCCCUCUCCAAGCUCUCAUCUCAGAAAUCCAUGAAGUCUACAGAAAAGCCUCUGAAGUUGAAAGCAAAGACCACAGAUGUUGGAAAUGUAAACCAUAAUGAAGAAACCCAAGAAAACCAAGACAAAUCUCUUGACUGUGUUGACUCUGAAGCAAGGACUGAAGUCGAGUGUGAUAAGAACCCCACAGAGAAAGACGAGACAAUCAACUUACCUGAACCUGAAAUUACUUCUGAAGAAGUUGGUGUCAAAGGUUAAAGGUGUGAUCUCUGUUCCGAUUCUGUUUUGUCCUAGGUGUUUGUGAAUAGUAAAGGUAUGUCAUUCUAUAUUGUUGUUUUUUGACAGGUUGAAGUAAAUAGUCAGGUGUUUUCUUUUACGUUCUACCUUUUAGCAGACAUUGGUUAGAAAUGUGUAAAGGGUUUCCUUUUUUUUCUUUUCCCUUUAUUUCUCCUCUUAAUUCAAGGCUUUCCAAUGAAAACAACAUUUAUAUAUUUUAUUCUUUCAAUUAAAUGUGCAAGUUGUCAUUCAUGUGAA